CAAACAGCAGUGACAUCUUGUGAUACUGCUAGUUUGUUUAUUUUCUCUAAGAGCCCUACUCUUGUCUUCGGACUUAACAUGGGAUCUAAAAGGAGAAAGAAAGCAAAGAUAUUCAAGAAGAGCAAAGGAAAGCAGGCAGCAAAAAGAGAGGCGAGAAGAAAUGCAUUGGUUGAAGGUAUGCAGAGAGGCUGGGACACAUUGGCAGGAUUUAUGAAAAGGAAUAGAGAUCAGUUCCUAAAAUCAUGUAACAGAUGUCAAAGAUUAUGGCAAGCGAGACACAGGAGAAAUGUGGACAUUGCUAAAGAUCCAGGGGAAGGAUGCAGCCAUUGGCCAGGUCAGAUAAAACUGCCAGAGAAAGAGAUGACCAGAAAGAAAGCACGCAAAACAAACAUAGAAAGACAUUGGGACAGACUUGCUGGUUUUCUUAAAAAGAAAAAGAAUCAAAUUGUAACAGCAGUCAGCAGACGACAACCAGAUAUACCAACAGUUCAGAAAACUCCAGAUGAGAGCAUCACUAUGCCCACCAACCACCACAGUACUAUCCCCUUAACAGUAGAAACAUUUACUUUCCACUCUCUACUUGGAACAGGAGGUUUUGGCAAAGUGAUGCUCGCCACAGAUGCCAUUCGUAAGGAAAGAGUGGCAGUUAAGAUCAUAAAGAAGAGAGAACUCAUUAAAGCCUCAAAGACAAGAGGAAAACUAAAAAAUGAGGACAUUUUGUCUGAGUGUCGGGUACUGCAACUGGCACAUGAGUGUAAAUUUCUGACCCAUGGAAAUGCAGUCUUGCACACAACCAGCUAUCUCUACUGCGUAAUGGAACUGGGUGGCGGAGGGGACCUGUUCCGUUUUAUGAAAGAGAAUGUAACGCUGAACCUACCCACAAUAAAAUUUAUCGCAGCAGAACUGGUCUGUGGCAUGCAGUUCAUGCAUUCCAGAGGUAUAAUACACAGAGACCUCAAAUUGAUGAAUGUUUUGCUGACCACCGACAGGCAUGUAAAGAUCACAGACUUUGGUCUGGCCCUAUUGAAUGCAUAUGGAGAAACCAAAUCCAGAACACUUGUGGGGACACCUGGCUACAUGGCUCCUGAAAUUAUAACUCGCAGGUCAUACAGUGCAGCUGGAGAUUGGUUUGCAUUUGGUGUUAUGCUUUAUAAACUCAUCUUACAAAAACACCCUUUCCCUGGGAACGCUGCAGUGAAAAGAAGAAAGAUCCUUCAGGAAGAACCAACAUAUUCGGGACUUACUGAUCCUGUAACAAAGGAUUUUUUAUCCAAACUCCUGUGCAAGUACCGGUCUGCCCGGCUCGGGGAAAAGGGCAAGGUGCGGGAACACCGGUUUUUCUAUUCAGUUAUCUGGGAAAACAUAGAGACUGGAAAAACAGCAUCCCCAGUCAAACCGCACAGGUGCUCCAACGACACAGAUGAAAAACAACAGAUUCCUGUGUCCUACAGUGAAGCUUUCAAAGAGCCAAUUCCUGCAACAGACCAGAGCCUUUUUGAAGACAUUCAAUUUGUUUGCCCUAAAUGGGGUGAAACGUAUCAUAAUGUGCCAAUGGAACCAGAUACCAUAUCAUCGGUUGACGGCAAUCUGCACAACCAAAAAUAGAAACAUCUUUAACACGCUGCCUCUGCUGCCU